CAUCUUAGGCAGGUUUAUAUUUCAGCACCGCAGCACAUCACAAUACAACCGCUACAUUAUAAGCUCGCUCGGACACGCCGACGCCGUCCGGUGCACAUCGUGGAAGCCAGUCGGAGUUCCACGGGCGCCGCACGAGGACGCCGCGAAAACGAAAAUCAUGAAGGGCCACCUGCUGUUGCUAGCCUUGCUGGUCGCGGCCAUCUGCACCGUUGACGCUCAGAAACACCGUAGACGUCACAAGCGUCUCCGCACAACGACCACCACCACCGUAGCACCGACGCUGGAGGAGCACCGCGGGGAUGCCGAGGACAGGGAGGACGCCGAGGCCGACCAUCUGGAAAUGGGCAUGAUUGAGCGGGAGGACGAGAGGCGGUACCAGGAAGCCCAGCGCAAACGUCUGAACGAGAUCGGAGCCGACAUCAAUGAUGUAUUCCCUGAUGGCGCCGAUCCGUGCCUGAAGGUCCACUGCAGCGCUGGUCGUGUUUGUGAAAUCGAUGAACAUGGCGAGGCCGUGUGCAACUGCAUUAAGGAGUGCCCUGACGAGACUGACUUGCGCCGCAAGGUGUGCACCAACCACAACGAGACCUGGUCCUCCGACUGCGAGGUCUACCAGCAGCGCUGCCUCUGCCUCGACGGCUCCGAGGCCUGCAAAGGCCCCGAGUUCCACCAUCUGCAGAUCGAGUACUACGGAGAGUGCCGCGAGAUGCCUGAAUGCACUGAAAGCGAGAUGGCCGACUUCCCCCGGCGCAUGCGCGACUGGCUCUUCAACAUCAUGCGCGACCUCGCCGAGCGUCGCGAACUUUCCGCACACUUCCAACGCAUGGAGCGCGAGGCCGAAGCCAACCUCACUAGGAGAUGGACCAACGCUGCAAUUUGGAAAUGGUGUGACCUUGACGCCCAUGAUAAUGACAGAUUCGUGUCCAAACACGAGCUGUUCCCGAUCCGGGCUCCGCUGAUGGCCCUGGAGCACUGCAUCGCGCCGUUCCUGGAGCUGUGCGACGCGGACCGCGACCACCGCAUCACCCUCGCCGAGUGGGGCAAGUGCCUCGAGCUGGACGAGACGGAGCUGGAGGAUCGCUGCGAUGAGUUCAUCGGCGACGGCGAAAGCGUCGAGGAGUCGUAAGCCGCUCCACGCAACACUGCCAUGGACGAAGAAUACCACACCACGUCGCUAAGACGAAGCUUUAUCACGUAUCGGUUUUGAUCCAAUGAUCGCUAGACUAAAUCCUCGAAUUGUGAAUGUGUGCGUGCACACGUAAAUUAAAAUCGGCGUGUUAUGGAGUCACAGUUUUGUCAUGGCGACGUAUUUGGUAUUUUAGAUCCAUGAACACUGCCAUACUUAACUAAGUUUAACCUCACGAGCAAUGUACAGAAGUACAGAACAUUUUAUUUUCAAGUUUGGUAAGUUCUCGAACAUAACAAAUAUUCAAAGGCAAUCUCUAGGGCUAAAUUGGAAAGAAAUAUUCAUAACGCCUAUCGUCAUUUUGAAUAAACUAGGUGCUGAGAACUUACCAUAGAAAACUUAAUCUGAGUGCAUUGCCAGUUAACACUAACCUUAGUUCUUAGCUCAUUAAGUACUCUAGGCUACUUACUGUACAGUUCAUCUAAGAAUACUCGACAACAUUGUCUUUAUUUUGUAAUACAAUUAAUAUACUGUGAUGCCGCAACCAAAAAGGUUAAGAUUUUUUUAUUAAUAAACAUAAAACUACAAA